CUUCGGUGGUUAUAAAAGACUCACCAGCACCGACUGGACAAUCAUUUGUUGUACAGUUUCUGUCCCGUAACAAUAUCUGAGUGUCUUUGUCUCUUGUGGAGUGAGUGGAUAUCUUUUGAGAAAUAGUUGAUAUGAGCGACUUCUUGCCAUCGAAUACCAUGGAUAACUUUGCCAACAUCGAGAGUGCACUUGAUGAGAAGAUCAGGAAAUUUGAGAACAACUGGGGACAAGAUCUCGACGAAUCUUGGUCACAGUCGACAACAUCGGUACAGAAUUCGCCCCAGGAGGUGUCUCUGAGCCCUCAGGCCUGUUCUGGGACCAGUCAGAGUCCACCGGGGGGUCAGGUCGGUGGGGAGACAGCAAGUCCACCAUGGACGACUGAGGUGCAGCAGAGACCGGCUGAAAUCAUCCUGCCACAGCUCAAUCAGCAACCACGUCCAGCCAUGGCGACUGUUCAGCCAAUUACCCGAUCAGUACCACCUCAAUCUCUGCCCGCAAAUCCUGAACCUGCCGCCUUUGCUGAACCCGUGAAGAAGCGCUCGAGGACGCAGUUUAGCACCUUCCAGCUGGUUUCUCUUGAGAAUGCCUUCACUCAGAGCGUCUACAUCUCCAGGGCCACCCGAAGUAGCCUGGCCAGAGAACUCAAUCUCACAGAGAAGCAAAUAAAGAUCUGGUUCCAGAACAGACGCAUGAAGGAGAACAAAGUGAUAAAGGGAAAGGUUUCUGGACCAAAUAAACCACAGAAUCGCUUAGCUGCGAGUGCAGUGAAGAAUCUCCAGAAAUUAGCUGAGAAGCAAAAUGAUCAGAAUAUCGUGUCCAGGCUCAUGUCACAGCGCCAGGUGGCUAUUUCUCAGCCAUCGGCCUUUCCCAAUUUUGCCUCCGGCGAGGAAGUUCAUCAGCAAUACCAACCACCUCCCCCAUAUCCAGCUGGAUCACAGAUAUAUCAGCAGGAACCGAGGCAGCAGCCCUUGUACCCUCAGGAAAAUUUCUACGAUCCCCCUCAGCAGCCUUUCUACCGACCAGACCUUCAUUAUGAUUUCCAGCUGCCCUAUUCGGGCUUUCCCGAUCCUGCAGCUGAUCACAUGAUGGACUACCCACCAUUUGUCGGUGGGAUGCUCCUCAAUGAUAUGACCAACUCAACAAUCUCCUGGGGAAACAUCCUGGAUCGUCAACUUACGGCUUAGAUUCCAGAGCGCUUUCCCCUGGUUUCAGAUCUCUAAGCUACCUGAUCAAAUGGUACAAGUCAGCGUUUUUCAUCCCACCAAUUCCCCUUCAUCAUUCGUAACCAUUAGUGAAAAUGAAUGUUUAGUCCUUUCAAUUUAUUAUUAUUUGUGAAAAAAACUACUUUAUUAAAAAUACAAAAUGAUUUUGUAGUCAUAACUUGAACAAUGUAUUCCCAAAGUCAGAUUAUUAAAAGUAAAAUGAGCCUAAGAAAA